CAUGAUUCUUACCAAUCUUGAAUCCUUGCGAUAUAUUGCAUCAAUGGUAUCGCCCAGGUGAAGAACUAUAAAUAUACACCCGCAUCUUCAGCUUAUUAUCACUCAUUCUAGUGACAACCAUCAAACAAACACAAGCAAAAUGUUCAAAUUGGUUAUUGUUGCUGUCGCCCUCUUCACCUACGGAGUGAUGGCUACUCCAGAACCCGAAGCCAAAGCAGAAGCUAAACCAGGCGUAUUAGCAGCUGCUCCACUUGUAGCAGCAGCCCCUGCUAUAGCUCCAGCUGUAGUUACAGCCACUAGUUCUCAAGCUUUCGUAAGGAAUUACAAUGCUUUAGCAGCUCCACUUUCUGCAGCUCCAGUACCAGUAGCAGCUUCAUACGUUGCAGCUCCAGGUGCACCACUUUUAGCAUCCCCUUACGUUUCUCCAUAUUAUGCAUCCAAUUAUUUUGCUGCACCUUAUGUCAUUUGAAAUAUAGUCGACCCCGAAUAAAAAAAAUAAAAUGAA